UGCGCGCAGCGCGUUUUAGGCCAUCUUGUCCGACCGCCACUUGCGCAUCGAAGGAACAAAUUCAAUCCUCACCACGUUGUAAAACAACCGAUGCUAUCGUUUACAGGGAAGAACACGUCUUUCCUCCCAUUCGUUUACGUAAACGCUACAAUAUGUUUGUUUUAAUGUAAUCAAAUGGCGUCCGAGUCGUAAAUUUUCGAUUGUGUAAGCUUCCAAGCUUGCUAGCUACCCUGCUAAUUUCCCGAAUAUUGCCUUUUGACGGAGAAAGCUAUAGCUACAGCUAUGGCUAACAACGCAAUUGCCGGGAAUCAGCAACAACAACAGGCCGUGAAUAAACCCGCCUCAGGGAAACAUGGGAAUAAUUUACCGCUCUGGGGCAACGAGAAAACGAUGAACUUGAACCCUAUGAUUCUUACGAAUGUACUUUCUUCGCCAUAUUUUAAGGUUCAGUUGUAUGAGCUAAAGACAUACCAUGAGGUUGUGGACGAAAUCUACUUCAAGGUCACACAUGUGGAGCCCUGGGAGAAAGGCAGCAGAAAGACCGCAGGCCAAACUGGCAUGUGCGGCGGGGUCCGUGGCGUUGGCACUGGAGGCAUCGUGUCCACGGCCUUCUGCCUGCUGUACAAGCUGUUCACACUGAAGCUGACCCGCAAGCAGGUGAUGGGCCUGAUAACACACACUGACUCGCCCUACAUCAGGGCUCUUGGCUUCAUGUACAUAAGGUACACACAGCCUCCUAGUGACCUAGUCGACUGGUAUGAUGGUUUUCUGGAUGAUGAGGAGGAGCUGGACGUGAAGGCAGGCGGUGGUUGCGUCAUGUCCAUUGGCGAGAUGCUGCGUUCUUUCCUGACCAAGCUGGAGUGGUUCUCCACACUCUUCCCGCGUAUCCCCGUACCCGUACAGAAAAUGAUCGAUCAGCAGAUGAAGGCAAGGCCUCGAAAAGUUCCGGAGAAGGAGGAGAAGGAAGAGGAACCCGCACCAGAGCCUGCACACCAGGGCGAACGCAGACGGAGCCCACGAAGAACCCCCAGUCCCCGCCGCUCUCCCGACCGCUCUCGCUCCCGCAGCCACCACAGAGAACGUCGUGGUGCCAGCUUUGACCGCGAGCUGGAACGUGAGCGAGACCGCCAACGCAAGGAGCGCGAGGGCAAGGGCGAGGCAAGGGACCGGGGUGAGCGGGACAGAGGUGAGCGGGAUCGCGACCGAGACCGUGACCGGGGGGAAAGGGGAGAAUACGAGCGGAGCGCAGAGAAGCGGAGCAGACGAAGCACCAGCAGGGAGCAUCGCAAGGAGAAGGAGCGAGAGCGGGAACGUGACGGAGAGAAUGAGCGCAGCCGGCGGAAGGAGAGGGACCACCACCACGAGCGCGACAGGGACAGAGACAAGGACAAAGAGAGGGAGAGGGAGCGGUCGAAGGACAAGAGGGCCAAAGGUGGAGACGGGGAGGAGCGUAGGCAUCGAGACGACCGCGAGGACAAACGCCACAGGGAGGAGAAGAAGAGCAAGCGCUCAAGUCGGAGCCGCAGCAAAGAGCGCAGGCACAAGUCCGAGCGCUCCAGCAAGAAGCGGUCGCGUAGCCACAGUCGCGGCCGGCAUGAGCAGCCAGAGGACAGGGAUCGGGAUCGUGGCAGGAAGAAGGAGGGUAGCCAGAGUCGCGAGCGGGACCGAGAGCGUGCUCACAAACGCAGUCGCAGCCCAGAACGCGAGCGCAGCAGACGCAGCCAAAGCCCAGACCAUCGCCAUGACGGCUCUCCUUGAUGACAGAACUCUCCGCUCCAACCACGCCCAUCCUCCACCCUUCCACUCUUCCGACCAGACCACAGCUGAUUACCCUAACCUUGCACCUCCCUCAUCUCGCCACGAUUCAGUUAGCUUUCGUCCCAGACGUCCUCUCAAAAUCCUGUCCCUUUCCCGCCCAACGUCAAUCAUCCUGUCUCGUUCCUGGUGUCCAGAGAUGGUAGUGUAAAGAGAGGGACAAAUGAAGGCUACGUGUUGUAGCAUGGGGCCUUGUUUUCCUGGUUCCCCCAUUGCUCUGCCUCUGUAGAUACAUAUCUGCACCCCCCCUAGUCUCCUCCCCUACACAAGAGCUAUGACUGGCGAAAAUAAACAGCUUCUCAUUUUUUUCUUGUUUAUUUCCCACCCUGUUUUUAAUUGUUAUGACGCUGUUUUGAGUCUUUCAAAAUGCUUUGUACAGAAAGUUCUGAGCAACAGCAAAUUUAUACCAUGCACUGAGCUGUUCUGAUAUUGUGUUGUUUGGUUCAUUGCUCUGUUGCAUUCUUUUUUCUAAUAAAAAAAAUACUUUUGUGAAAGGGGAAA